CAUUUAACCGCUUGAUCUCAUUCGUGUUAAUAUAAAAUAUUGUAUUUCAUUGACAGAUUGAAGGAAGUGCAGCAAAAUACCAAAUAUGAGGAUAUUCCUAGCGUGUACGUUGAUGGCGGUGACAGCAUUAGCCGAACCUCCUGUGGACAACAGAUACCUCCCACCUCAGCAGGACUUAAAUGGUGGCUUUUCACCCCCGUCGCAAAGCUAUGGAGCUCCUAGUGGCGUCCCUAGGCAAACAGAUGCCGUAUUUGGACAACGCACAUCAUCAACUCCCAACUCCCGUUCCUCUCGACCUUCUAACCAAUAUGGACCUGCACAAGGCAGACAGCCGUCCAGCCAAUACUUACCACCUCAGGGCAGGGCUCAACAACCCUCUAACCAGUAUGGCCCUCCUCAAAGCAGAGCUCAACAACCAUCAAAUCAAUAUGGCCCUCCUCAAGGCAGAGCUCAGCAACCGUCAAAUCAAUAUGGUCCUCCAUCAAGCAGGGCUCAGCAACCUUCGAACCAAUACGGCCCUCCACAAGCUAGAGGCCCCUCUAACCAAUACGCACCGCAAUCCAGAGCUCAGCAACCAUCUAGCCAAUACGGUCCUCCUCAAUCCAGGGCCCAAGCACCUUCUAAUCAAUACGGCCCUCCUCAAUCUCGAUCUCAGCAGCCUUCCAAUCAAUAUGGACCUCCCAACCAAGACAACAACCAAUUCCGCUCUCAACCUUCAAGCCAAUACGGUGCUCCUGCAUUCGGCCAAGCCAGACAGUCUAACCAAUACUCUGGUCAGGGCAGGUCUCCUUCGAACCAGUAUUUGCCUCCUAACCAGAGUGCUAGGCAACCGUCUACUGAAUAUGGGGCACCUGGAUUUGGAACUCCUUCUCAGGAGUAUGGAGCGCCUAAUGGAGGUCAGCAGUUCAACCAGGGUGGCAACUUCGGAGACGCUCAGAGCAGGCAGUACUCUUCUCCCGAUGCGAGAGGAUAUGGUGGGGAUGACGAUGGCAGCAAUGGCGAGCCUGCAAACUACAGCUUCGAAUACAUGGUGAAAGACGACGAGUCUGGCAACGAUUUUGGCCACCGCGAGUCGAGGAUGGGUGACCGUGCUGAGGGACUCUACUACGUGUUACUUCCUGAUGGCAGGAAACAGACCGUUGAAUACGAAGCAGACCAGGACGGUUAUAAGCCAAGAAUCUCCUACGAAGACACCGGCGCCGGCGCAGGCGCUGGCGCCGCUGGCUAUGACUCCAACGCGCAAGCUUUCGGACAAGAUGGCGGCGGAUAUUAAGCUCAACUGAGAUAGAUAUAUCUGCAAUUCUUCUAUUCAUCUCGCUUUUGUUGUGUAUAAGAGAAUGUGAUGGGUAGGUGACAUUGUAAAUGAAAGUCCAAAGUAAAACACUGUUUUUAUUAAGCAUUUAUGUUUGAUGCUGAGUAAAAGCUGAGAAGGAAAUGUUGACACGUUACGUGUCCUCAGUUGUACAUAAUAAUUUUCAGUCAGUUUUGUUAUUACCAUAUGUAAAUGUACUUAUAGUAACAAGACUGACUUGGGGACACAAACUUUGCUUGACUCGGUUUCCAAAAAUAAUUCUCAACUCGAUCAAAAAUUAAUGCCAUAAUAAAUCUAACAGCGUUUUUAGUAGCACUUUCUGUUCAAGUAAAAAAUGGGAUGGUUUUGUGGCUAAUAUGAAUUGAAUCUUAAAAGAUAAAGGAUAUUUAGAUUCGCAGAUUAUUUCAAAUAAACUUUUUUUUUUUAAUUUUUAGGAAUGAUUAUACAGACAGUUUGGGGGGUUUAUGCGUUGGCUACCAUGAAAAGAGAUGUUAAGGAUGUGUGAAUAGUUCAUGAAUAACAUUUUUCUGUUAAACAUUUUCGAAAGUUGUACCGUACCGUUUUUUACCAGAACAGGUAGUUUAGCCACUAAAGUUAUUAUUUAAUAAUUUUAUUUGAAUGAAUAUCGACGACCUAAGCUAUGUCAAGGGAUAACGAGCCAUAUUACGAGACUAUUAAAGUACAAAAUGCUUUAGCGUAGUAAAAUAUUGUAAGUGAUGUGAUAAUACACAAGGAAUCAGCGCCAGUCAUAUGUUAUCAAGCUUUAGUUUUUAUAAAUAAUAUGUAUAGCUUUUACUUAAACUUGUUCUUUUUCUAACAAAAUAAUUGUCCAUAUAACUUAUAUAGUGUCAUACGUAUAAUUUUGUUCUAUAACGUGUGUAGAUUGCGGUAAAGGAAUUACCUAAAUGAUUUGAGAGAACGGGAUACCAACAACACGUUAUCUACCUCUCGUUUUAAUCUUAUGUACCUACC